AUGAUGGGUAGUAAUGCACAUGAGCCGGUCUCGGUGGUCGUCCAACAACAGCAGAAUCAGCCGAACGCGGCGAGUCAUCGCGCGAUUCAUCGUCGCGGUGCUCCCGUCCGCCGACGGAUAAUGUCGACGCCGGCGAAAUGGUCGGCCGGCGACGAGCAGCCGCGCAAAGUCUACAGCUAUGUGACGGUGACGCGCGUCGGCGAGAAGACGCCGUCGCCGCCGCUCAUCAAGACGACGACGACAUCGCCGGCGGCGACGGUGAAGCGGGCGACGACCGGCGGACCCUAUCGGCCGGUGACGAUUCGAAAGUUUGUUGAAAAGCAGCGCAACUCACCGCCGUCGGACGGAAGCGACAAAAUUCGGCGAUUCGGCGAAAGCCCGACGAAUGGCUCCUUUAACAAUGACCUGGAUGAGUUUAUAAUUGACGACAUCCUCGGUUGGGAUGAUGAGCAGCAGCGGCGAACGAGCGGAAGCAACGGCACCCGACCAAUGUCCGUUGGAUUGUCGAACGAAACGAAGCCGUUGAGCCAGAUGUCGAUGGCUCGUCCGAUUCCGGGAUCGUCGCGCGGUUCCGGACACUCGGGAAGCCCGAUUGGAAUUCCGAACGCGAUUAGCAACAAUUUUAGACAUGUGGUUUCAAGCUCAGCGCCGACCAGCUCGAUUGACGUUGAGAAGAUGAUGGGAGUGACGAAUGGCUCAUCCGGCGAUGGGGAAGAAUACUAUCGGGAUCGAAGGAAGAAGGAUAUUCAUAAUAUGAUUGAGCGACGCCGCCGAUACAAUAUCAAUGAUCGCAUCAAAGAGCUCGGACAAAUGCUGCCGAAAGCGUCGGCCGAAGACAUGAAAUUGAACAAGGGCACAAUUCUGAAGGCGUCGUGCGACUACAUUCGAACACUUCAGAAGGACCGCGAGAUGAUGAUGAAACAGCAUCAGAACGCGAAGUCGCUCGAAACGGCGGCGAAACAGUACGCGGAUCGCGUCAAAGAAUUGGAGGAGAUGCUCGCGCGACAGGGUGUCCAGGUGCCGCCGUCGCAAUUGCCGCCGAUACCGCGAUUAUUGGAUCGGCCGAUAAAACAGGAGAUUGAGGAGAACCCGUCGCCGCCGACGCAGACGCCAACGGGAUCGUUUAUUUCGACGUCCGGUUUUCUGUCGGAGGUGACGAACAACACGGCCGCGAUGCAAAUCGCUUCACCGCACGGCGACAAUCGAGGCAACGGCGCGUUUUCGGCGCAAUCGGACAGCUUCUUCUCGGUUGGCUCGGCGAGCCCGCCGGAUUAUAGGACCAAUUGGAAAAUGCAGCAGCACAACAACUUUCCUGAUUUGAUGAUGGAUGAUAUUAAUAAUAUGACGGGCAACGGCCUUCUGAACGGCGCCGAUCCGCUGAUUUCGGCCGCCGGCGCGCAUCCGUCGCCGCAUUUCGGCCAAUCGCAAAUGUCGCCCGACAUCCAAUGGGACGCGUCGGGCUUCUCGCCGGAGCCGACGAACGGCCAACAAUCGGGCAACAACGGCUACAAUCAGAUGGACUACUCGUAA